CUUUCUGGUUUCAUAGCCUAGCAAGAUAAAACUAUAAGAAGAAAAAGGCAAGCUCUCGUCCCCGGAAGACUGAGAGAGGGAUAUUCAUUCAAGCUGCGGCUGUGCGCUGUGGCUGUGGCGUGAGAAGGAAAGUCGUCUUCAGCUCCAAACUCUUCCAUCCACCGUCUGGCUACACUAGUCACGGCGGAGCUCAGGCUCCCACCACCACGGCAAUCACCAGCCCCUGUGAGCACCUGAGUGAACCCAUCACCUCUCUUCAUGUGAGAGGCGAUUCGGCGGUCUACACCUCGCCUCAGCACCUAAGGCGCAAAGGCGAGCGCCUUUAACAACACUAGUCUUAAACAUGGUUAAUUGAAAAGUUGAAUUUGAUCAUUCUUUGGAGGUAGUGACUCUAGCAUUUGCUUCACUUGAUGGAGAUAGAUGCUGAGAACAAUGGUAGUGCAACUGGAAUGAGUCUGUUACCCUUGUUGCCCGUGGCAGCAGAAACACAUGGUGAAGGUUUACCAUAUGCACCUGAGAAUUGGCCCGAACCUGGUGAUAUUUGGGGUUGGAGAACUGGUAGGAGAGUUGCUCAGAAUGGCCAUUUCUUGGAUAGGUACCUGUAUCUUCCCGCACGUCUUUCUCAUUCUGAGAUCCCAGGCUCCAGUCGCAAACAUAGACUCUGUUUUCCAAGCAAGCUUUCAGUUGAACGCUACAUCAAAUCAAAUUAUCCAGAAACUGAUAUUGAGGCAUUCUUUGCUUUGUUCAGCUGGAAGAUUCCAUCCAUACCAUCUACACCAACCAAAGGCAACUCAGAUCCUAUAGUUGCCGUACCUCUCCGACAGAUUUCACAUGAUUCAUAUACAGAACAGUCAGCAUCUGAGUCAGAGUCUGUUUCUUCUGGGUGUAAAGUUAAAAAUAAGAUGUGCAAUGGUCAGGUGUUGAAAAAAGCAGGAGAAGAUUCACCGGCUAUGCCUUGUGAUAUUUGUUGUGCUGAGCCAGGAUUUUGCCGUGAUUGUUGCUGCAUUCUUUGUUCCAAAAUUGUUGAUUCAGCUUAUAGAGGCUAUAAUUACAUCCAGUGUCAGGAAAAGAUUAACAACAAUAUCUGUGGGCAUAUUUCGCAUAUGGAAUGUGCUCUUCGAUGUCGCAUGGCUGGAACAGUUGGUGGAAGCAUUGGAUUGGAUGCUGAGUAUUAUUGCCGACGUUGUGAUGGGAGAACUGAUCUGAUUCCUCAUGUUAACAAGCUUCUACGCAUCUGUAAAGCUAUUGAUUCAAAGGAUGACAUUGAAAACAUUUUAAACCUUGGUGCUUGUCUCUUGCGUGGUUCAAAGAAAGCUAUUGCAAAGAAGCUGCUGAGACAUUUUGAAUUGGCUAAUUUAAAGCUUAAAUGUGGGUUUGAUGAUAUCUGGGAGGAGGAGGAGGAAGGCAAUCAUGCAGCUUAUUCUGCUGGCUUCACGGAGAAUGGCCAUGCUCCAAUGGAUGUAAUGCGAGAUGAGAGCCCUUUAAAUGUUAGAAAUUCAGAAUCCUGUGGUCAUCCGCCAGAGUUGGUAGAACUUGAGGUGGAGAUUGAUCAGGCUCUUCAGGAUCUUAGAAAGUCACAGGAAUUUGAGUACAAAUUGGCAGAAGAAAGACUACAUGCCCAGAAGAAUUAUUUGAACAAUUUGUAUCAGCAACUGAAAAGUGAGAAGUCUGAACUGGCGCGUCCAAGAUCAUCAUCAUCUUCUUCUGUUGUAUCUGAUCAUGCUAUCAGAAAAAGAGAGGAACAAAUAAGACUGGAAUCACAGAAACUUGAAGACAUGAAAAAGGUAGCCCAUGGCUUUGGCAGUACACCGCAUUAUAUAUUAAGGGAACACUUUGGCUUAGGAAUUGCAGAUUAAGAUUGCAAAUGUAUCUGCCACUGCUGCUCCACAAAAUCUUCAGGAACAUUGUUAAAUGUCUUUGGGAUAGAGGUUUGCUUAAUGUAAAAAUUGAUCAAAGGUAGUGGAAAUUUUAGUUUAGACUUUCUUUUAAUUAA